GACAUCCUAUGAGUAAGGAGUUACAGUAGUCCAGCCUAGAGGUAACAAAUGCAUGGAUCAGUUUCUCUGCAUCGCUCUGAGAGAGGAUGCUUCUGAUUUUAGCUAUAUUUCUAAGAUGGAAGUAGGCGGUUCUGGAGAUUUGUUUAAUGUAUGAUGUAAAAGAGAGAUCCUGGUCAAAGAUGACAUCAAGGACAGUAGAACCUGAAGCUAAUGUUAUGCCAUCCAGGGUGGCUAUCUGACUCAAUAGUGUCUCUUUCAGAUUUUUAGGCCAACAAUGAGAAUUUCAGUUUUAUCUGAAUUUAGUUGAAGGAAGUUUUGGGACAUCCAGGAUUUGAUCACUUUGAAUUUUGACUAGUUGAUCUGUUUCAUUUGGUUCCAAAGACACUUAAAGCUGAGUAUCAUCUGCAUAACAUUGAAAAUUAAUAGAAUGCUUCCUAAUAAUCUCACCCAGAGGAGACAUGUAUUGGCUAAACAGAAUUGGACCAAGCACGGAACCCUGUGGUACUCCAUAGCUAAUGUCACGAUCUGGGUUUUUGUCUCUUGUUUUAUUUCUUGUUUCUGGUGUUAUUCUGAAGGACUCUCUGUUUUCACUUGUCAUGUUUUGGUUUCCUGUUUUAUUUUGUAGUACUUCUGGUUUCUGUUUUCAUCUGGUUAGUUCCCGCUUCACGUCCCGGUUUCAUUACACACCUGCCUGUUAUUAGUGGCCAGCAUUUAACCACCACCAGUCACAUCAGUCAUUGCCAGAUCGUUGUGAAUACAAGCCGUCACAUUUGCGAAUCAUAACGUUCCAGCAGUUUUUCUUUCUAUCUUACCGUGUGUUAAUCCUGUUCUUGAUUUCUCCAUUUGCCUCGUCCUACCUGUAUUGCCAUGAGUAACCCGUGUUGAUCCAGCCUGUCUGACCGCCGCUCUGCUUACCCCUUUUGUACCUACGCCGAUCAUCUGCCUGUGUAUCGACCUCUGCCUGUUAUACGACUCUGGAACUUGUCUUGACCAUUAAAACUAAACGAUACGUACCUCCUGUUGUCCGAAGCUGUGCAUGUGGGUCCGUCAUAUCAAACAGCCUGACAGCUAAUGCUUGUGCAUGUGGAGAAUUUCUCAUUAACAUGAGCAAACUGUUUAACAAAUAGGAUUUAAACCAUCCCAGUGUUGUUCCUUUAAUUCCAUUUAUAUUUUAUAAAUAUCUAUCUAUCAGGUGUGCAAUAUCUAUCUAUAGCUAUUUUCUAGUCUCUGUAAUAGAAUAGUAGUUAUGAUCAAUUGUAUCAAAUGCAGCACUAAGAUCUAAUAGGACAAGAACAGAAAUCAGACCAUUGUCUGACGCUAAAAGAAGAUCAUUAGUGAUUCUAACCAGAGCUGUUUCUGUGCUAUAAUGUUUUCUAAAUCCCAACUGAAAAUCUUCGUACAGGUUAUUCCCACUCAGGUGGUCAGAUAAUUGUUUAGCCACAAUUUUUUCAGGAGUCUUAAAAAUAAAUGGUAAAUUUGAAAUGGGCCUAUAGUUGGCUAAUUAUCCAGGGUCCAGAGUAGGUUUUGUUAAUAAAGGUUUGACCACAGCCACCUUAAAAGCCUGUGGUACAUAGCCUAACACGUGUGGACGACUUGGAAGAGUUGAUUAUUGAGGUUAAUUCCAUAUGAGUUAUGGGGAAGAAGCUGUCUAGAUUAGACAUAAGAUAUGGUAAAUUUAAACUUGAUGGAUCUUGUCUACACAAAGAUACAUAGGAGUUGAACCCUGGUCCUUCCUGAUGUGAGAACCUAAUCUUACUAAUGUGAAUGUGGAGUGUGACACUGAUGCUCAACCCGUCCUCAUCCUGCAGUGUCGGUGUCUGACACUGCUCACUGGGUCACACGUGGCUGAUGUCGACUCGUAGCAGAUAUAUCCUGUACCGUAGUUCAACAGCUUAGUGAGCGUUGUAAUGGUUGGACACAGUAUACUGUAAAAGCAUAAUGAGUAUAUGAACGUGAACAGGCUGUUUCCUCUAGAUGUCAGUACAGGACUGGUCCUGUGGCUCUUCACUGGAUCACCUAAGGAACAGACUAAACAUCAAAUCUCAGAAUCUUUUUAUAAUGCAGAUUAAGAACUUUUAACCUAUGAGCAUUCUUAUGUUCCUAUGUUAUGUAGAUGUUUAUAUUAUACUUUGUUUCUACUUAGAUUCUAUAUUUGAUGACAGGCAGGAAAAUCUCAAAUUUGUCAAUUACAUAUGCACCUCAUUCACAGUCUGUGACAAAAAUGCUACUGUAACGAACCUCAAAAGCAGAAAUGCUGCAAGAAAAUAUUCCUGUAUGCUCUACUACAUGCAGCUCCAACGCCUUUAAACUCGUUCAGACGCAGCAAAUACAGCCGCUGCUUUGCAUUAGCUCAGCGCUACCAUAACAUGACUGGCUGGUCUAACACACUGGAGCCUGGACUCAGAAAGAACUAGAUGCACAUGAAGAAAAAUGGACAAAGUAUGUUGCAACUGAUUUUGAAUUCUAAUUGCUGAAUUUUGCUCGUUCAAGAGUUUUGUUGAUGAUUUUAUUUUAAUAGACGUUUUAAAGAGAUUAAAGACUAGAGGAGCUUGGUGCAAAAGAAGGCCUACAGGUUCCAAAAAUGAUAAUGAUAAUGAAAAUGAUACUGAACAUGUGAUCAUGUCAUUUUAGUAUUUAACCUCAUCUGAACCUCUGAGUGACAGGCCUCAUGAGGUUUGGUGUCCACUCUCACUCUCACAAGUAGAAUAUUAAUAACCAAAAUAUGUAAGCCUUUUUUUAGCUCCUCUUCCUGGAACUUUCCCUGCUCCUCCCACUGAUUCCAGUGGAGCCAGGAAUUAGAAGUGAAAGUGAAAGAGUUUUUUGUGUGUAUAAAGAGCUGACACUGAAUUACUGAGGUCUUUUUGGGUUGAGAGGUGAAAUGGCUCAACAAGGAAUUCAACUGGAUCAGGACAAAUUGUGCUGCUCCGUUUGUCUGGAUCUAUUAAAGGAUCCAGUCACUAUUCCCUGUGGACACAGUUACUGUUUGAGCUGCAUCAGAACCUACUGGGACGCAGUGGGUCACAGCUGGCUAGGAAAGAGCUGUCCUCAGUGCAGACAGAAGUUUACACCGAGACCUGCUCUGGUGAAAAACACCCUGUUGGCAAAUUUAGUGGAGGAUCUGAGGAGGACUGGACUCCAGGCUGCUCCAGCUGCUCUCUGCUAUGCCACACAUCAAGACGUGGCCUGUGAUUCCUGCACUGGUAGGAAGCUGAAAGCCACCAAGUCCUGUCUCCAGUGUCUGGUGUCGUACUGUGACCAACACCUCCAGCCUCACUAUGAGUCUCCAGCCUUUGAGAAGCACCAGCUGGUCGACCCGUGUGAGAAGCUUCAGGAGAACAUCUGUACACGUCACAACGAGGUGAUGAAGGUUUUCUGCCGCACUGAUCAGCAGUGUAUCUGUUACCUCUGCUCCAUGGAUGAACAUAAAGGCCACGACACCGUCUCAGCUGCAGCAGAGAGGACUGAGAAGCAGAAGGAGCUCAGCAAGAACCAGCAAACAAUUCAGCAGAAGAUCAAGGACAGAGAAGGAGACAUCAAGAAGCUGCAGCAGGAGGUGGAGACCAUCAAUCAAUCCGCUGAUGAAGCAGAACGCAGCAGUGAGAAGAUCUUCAAACGUCUGAUCCAACUAGUUCAGGACAAAUGCUCAGAUGUGAAGCAGCAGAUCAGGUCCCAGCAGACAAGUCUGGUGAACAGACUGAAAGAAUCUCAAAAGAAGCUGGAAGAGGAGCUCGCUGAGAUGAAGAGCAGAGAAGCUGAGCUGCAGCAGCUCUUACACACACAUGACCCCAUCCAGUUUCUGCACCACUGCCCUGUGCUGCUGAAUCCCAUGGACUCCACUGACCCUCACAGCAUCAGCAUCCAGUCUGUGAGCUACUUUGACCACGUGUUAGCAGCUGUGGCAGCAGCCACAGAUAAAAUACAGCACGUCCUCAAUGAGGAAUGGACCAAAGUCUCACUUCUGGAGGUUAAACAGGAAGCUUUAAAGCCACGAGCAGAAGCCAGAAUCCGGUCUGAAUUUCUCCAGUGUUCACAACAAAUGACGCUGGAUCCAAACACGGCACACAAUCAGCUGUUGUUAUCUGAAGGAAACAGAAAAGCAACAGUGAUGACAAAGAAGCUGGUUUAUCCUCAUCACCCAGACAGAUUCAUUGAACAUCAGCAGGUCCUGGGAGCAGAAAGCCUGACAGGAUGCCAUUACUGGGAGGUUCUGAUGGAUCAGAACAUGUCCGGAGCAACAGUCGCUGUUACAUACAAGAACAUUAGUAGAACAAAAAGUGAAAAUGAAUUUGGAUACAACAACAGCUCUUGGGCUUUAAUCUUUAACAGUCCAUUAAAAAUCAUGCACAACAGUAGCAUUCUGUUCACCUCAGGCCUCCCCUCUUUCAGAAUAGGAGUGUUUCUGAAUCAUGGUGCAGGGACUCUGUGCUUCUACCGCGUCUCUGACACCAUGACUCUCCUCCACAGAGUCCAGACCACGUUCACUGAGCCUCUCUACGCUGGUCUCGGUGUUUAUGGGUCUGACAAGUCUGUUGAACUGUGUGAGCUCAAGUAGAGGAGCAGCAUCAAUGAGACCUGAAGGCUGAAUCAGUCACAGCCGCUACAGUUGUUCUUUGAGUUUGUUUUUUGUAUAGCCUAAAGUUUCUAGUUCCUAUAGAGUUUCCCACUCUGGUUUGUUUCAUGGAGCAGAUGUCACAUGGACGUCACUGGACCUUCAACAUAACAACAUGUAGCACAGCUUUUUUUCAAUCAAUCAAUCAAUCAAUGAAUCAAAAGAUCGUGUCUUGAAAGUCAGACAUUGUAAAUGUAACAUGAAUAUGCUCCUAGAAUAAAACGUUUGAAAUGUUAUUGUUCCUCAGUGAUGUUUGUCAGAAGGUCUGACUCAUUAAACAGGUACUUUGA